AUGGCGAACAGCAGCGGCGUCGAGAACUGCUUCUCUCCCCCUGUCGCCGCCUUCUUCCUCAAGGGGCUGACGCAAGCCCCUCGCAGUCCUAUCUCGCACAAGCUGCAAGUGCCAAGGACAAAUGUCUCUUUUAACUCGGGCCACUACAAAGCUAAGAACAACAAAGCUACAGAUGUCUAG